UUUAUCAGCCGAGCUGUAAUGAAAAAGAGAGCGGAGGUGCAUGCUUUUAAGUAAUUGCAGUGCCUCCUCCGUUCACCUUAAAUCUGAUCGCGGUAUCCGUCCUUUAUCCUUUGCAACGUAUUCAUUUCAAACAAAAAAAAGUACAAAACGAGUUGUAUAAAAUUACGUAUUCAAGUGUCGUCGUCGGAUUUCCACUCUACACUUUAUCGAUUAACUACUCGAGCCCCCUAAGCUAAAGGAUCGUGGAAUUGAAAAGGGUUAAAACUUGAAACAGUGAAACCAGGAACAUGGCGGACAGAUUGUACUACCCCAAUCCUGAAAUCGUGAAAAAUGCGCACUGCAGCAGCAUGGAACAAUACAGAAAGAUGCAUGAAAAGUCUGUGAAGAAUCCGACAGAAUUCUGGAGCGAAAUUGCGAAACAGUUUUAUUGGGAAACUCCGGCAGUGGAUGACAAAUUCUUUUCAUAUAAUUUCGACUUGAGCAAGGGAGAUAUUUUCAUAAAAUGGAUGGAAGGUGCGUCAACGAACAUCAGCUUCAACCUAUUGGACAAAAAUGUGAAGAGUGGAAACGGUGACAAGAUUGCGUUUUAUUGGGAGGGCAACGACCCGGACGAUUAUUCACGUCUAACGUACAGAAAACUAUUGGAGGAAGUAUGCAGAUUUGCAAAUGUCUUAAAAUCCAAAGGAGUGACGAAGGGAGAUCGUGUUGCGAUUUACAUGCCUAUGAUCCUGGAACUGCCUAUUGCCAUGCUCGCGUGUACCAGAAUUGGCGCUGUUCACAGCGUAGUGUUUGGAGGCUACUCAUCGGACGCGCUGGCGGAGCGUAUCAUGGAUUCAAAAGCGAAAAUUGUGAUUACGACUGACGGUGUGUGGAGAGGCGAGAAGCUUAUAUUUUUGAAGAAUAUCUGCGACGAUGCUUUGAAGAGGGUUAAGAGGUAUAACCACGUGGUUGAGUGUUGUAUAGUAGUUGCACAUUUGAGAAGACUGAAUAAUCCACACGAUGCCAAGCUACAUUCAACAGAAAAAACGAAUGGAGUGAACGGUACGAGUGAUGGAAAUGAUUUUAACAUCCCACAAAUUCCAUGGGACGAUGACCGCGAUUGUUGGUGGCAUGAUGAAAUGGAAGAUGCUGAAAACAAGUGUUAUCCAGUUUGGAUGAAUGCGGAAGAUCCACUUUUUAUUUUAUACACAAGUGGUUCCACGGGGAAACCAAAAGGCGUUCUACAUACCACGGCCGGAUACUUGAUCUAUGCAGCCACAACGUUUAAGUAUGUGUUUGAUUAUCAUCCUGGUGACGUGUACUGGUGUACAGCUGACGUUGGUUGGAUCACUGGUCAUACUUACGUUGUGUAUGGUCCGUUAGCAAAUGGAGCUACUUCUAUUAUUUUUGAAGGGACACCGUUUUAUCCAGGAAAUGAUCGAUACUGGGCAGUCAUCGAUAAAUAUAAAGUCACGCAAUUUUACACUGCGCCAACUGCAAUUAGAUCGCUAAUGAAGUUUGGAGAUGAUUUGGUAAAGAAACAUAAUUUGUCUACUUUAAAGGUUUUGGGUUCGGUUGGAGAGCCAAUAAAUUCUGAAGCAUGGCUGUGGUUUUACAAUUUUGUGGGUCAUGGAAAAUGCAGUAUAUCGGACACGUUUUGGCAAACGGAAACUGGUGGCCACGUGAUCACUCCUCUUCCUGGUGCUACUCCAAUGAAACCAGGUUCUGCAACGUUCCCAUUCUUUGGCGUUUUGCCAGAAAUUCUGGACGAAGACGGACGAUUAAUCGAAGGUGAAGGCGAGGGAUAUCUAGUUUUCCGCCAACCUUGGCCGGGAAUGAUGAGGUCUCUCCAUGGAAAUCAUCAACGUUUCCAAAGCACAUAUUUCGAUAAAUUUCAUGGAUAUUAUUGCACGGGAGAUGGUGCUAGACGUGAUGCAGAUGGUUAUUUUUGGAUAACCGGUCGUAUUGAUGAUAUGUUAAAUGUGUCUGGUCAUCUUAUGUCUACAGCAGAAGUAGAAGGUGUAUUGACUGAACAUCCUUCGGUAGCUGAGUCUGCGGUAGUUAGUAAGCCACAUUCUGUCAAAGGACAAUGCCUUCAUUGUUUCGUUACACCCAACGAGGGUGCCAAAUUUGACAAAAAGCUUCAAGAUGAGCUUAAAAAGAGAGUGCGCGAGAGAAUUGGCCCCUUCGCUCAACCAGAUGUGAUUCAACACGCGCCAGGACUGCCAAAAACACGGUCGGGCAAGAUUAUGAGACGUAUACUUAGAAAAAUCGCAGCAGGAGAUAGAAACGUCGGUGAUACAUCAACAUUAGCCGAUGAAAGCAUCGUCGAUAUCCUUUUUCAGUUGAGACCGCAGGUUUAAACAAAUGUCGACGAUAUAGCGUCAUUCAAUGGAAACGUAGUAGCUUAGAAAUGAAUGAUAAUAACACGCUUCCGAUGACCGAUAAAUAAGUAAGAUUUUCGAGUUAUUGAAUAUACUGAAAAGAAUAAUGCGAUAAGUUAAUUUUAGAAUGCAGGGGAAUAUGUAACUUGUCGAAAUAUAGAGAGAAUAACUUUUGUUAAUAGAGAAAAAUCAGGUCCUGUAGUCAUAUUUUAAGAAUGAAAUUUUUAUUUUAUACGUCAGAAUCCCGUUCGUUAAUAAUUAUUAUUCACAUCACUAUUUAUGAAUUAUUUCAUAGACGUUUAUUACGCAAUAAUUGUUACUGCUUUCAGCCGAAUAUCGCCGGCGCAGUAUCUCUAACAGAAGUGCUUGAAAAAAAAUAUUUCACAAGCUACUUUACUUCUCUAUUAUUUAGAAAUGAGAAGUUUAUCGAAACAGUUUUAUGAUCAUCUUAAAAUAUGAUUGUACAAUAUGAAGGUACUAAAAAUGUUAUAUAACUAAGGAACAAGAUAAUCAUUAAAAAUGUUUCAGAAUCUUAUCUAUCUACAGUUUAUCAGAAAUCGAUCAUAAAUAUAUUAACCGUUGCGCAUCGAUUGCAUAGUCGGCAAUAUUUUAUGAAUAUAAGAGAAUAUCAAAAAUUCGAAAGAUUUACAACAAAUGUUUGUCACUGUUGAAAAUUUUUAUAAUGUGCAUUCUAAUGGUGUGCAUAUUUAAACGAUUUGUCUACAUUAAAUAUGAAAGUAUCAAAAAAAUUAAUUGUAAUUAUAACAUCGUAUGUACAUUAUUGUACAUGUAUGUAUUUGAAUGCUAAUGCCAGAUUAUGUUAUCAUAGUAUAAUUUUAGGAACUUAUUACGAUAUAUAAAUUCCGAUUGUUUUUAUUUAAAAAUGUAGCUGAUCGUAAAUUUUUGGAUCUCAUCAAGUCGUAUUUUACUUUCGUUUAACUUGUUCAUUAAGUUGUUGAGUCUUAGAUGACUUGCGAUAAGAAAAACGCUCAUGAAAAUCCUAACUGAGUCUUGCUAGCGUUACGAAGGAUACUUAUCAACAACUGAAAGUACGAAUGCGGUUACGAAAUUACUGCAGUCCACCUCGUAUGUAAAGAAACGCUGUAAAAAUAUUCGCAUGCCCAUUAGCUAUAGCGUAAGAUCUUUUGUCCAUAACUCUCAAUUUUCUUUAGGUAUAUAAGAAUAAUAAGUUAUCAAAAAAAAAAAAGAAGAUAAAGAUCAUAAAAAUACAUAGAAAGAAAUUAUUUAAUUUUAACGAA